CGGGCCGCUCGCCGCGCCCGCCGCGCCCCGGGGCUGCGGCCGCCGCCGCCCGCCCGCUGCCAGGUGAAGCCGCGCUCGCUGGGGCGGAGCGCAGCGGGGCAGCCGCCGGCCCGUGGCGGCGGCGGCGGGGCAAGAUGAACAGCUCCGACGAGGAGAAGCAGCUGGAGCUCCUCGCCAGCCUGAAGGACCAAGCUAUUGGCGAAUAUGAAGAGCUUAGAGCAGAAAAUAAGAAAAAAAAAGAAGAGUGUGACAAAAUCAAGCAAGAACGAGAUGAGGCUGUCAAAAAGCUGGAGGAGUUUCAGAAAAUUUCUCACAUGGUUAUUGAGGAAGUGAACUGUAUUCAGAACCAUCUUGAAAUUGAGAAGACAUGCCGUGAAAGUGCUGAGGCUUUGGCUUCUAAGCUGAACAAAGAAAAUAAAACCUUGAAAAGAAUUAGUAUGCUUUGUAUGGCCAAACUGGGGCCGGAAAUUAUCACUGAAGAGAUUAACAUCGAUGAGGAUGAAUCAUCCACGGAUACAGAAGCUACCUCUGGAUCAUGCAGUUCUGUGCACUGUCAGCAGCAAAUAAAAGAGCUGCGAGAUCAAAUUGUAUCUGUUCAUGAGGAAAAGAAGACCUUGGCCAUUGAACUGGAAAACCUGAGGUGCAAACUUGCAGAAAUAAUUGAAGAAGUAAAUAAGUUGAAAGAAGAAAAGGCUGUUUUGACAACUGAAGUUAAUAAGCAGCAAAAACUGUUGGAGAAAUGUAACAGAGUGUCUGUGCUGGCAGUAGAGGAAUAUGAAGAGCUUCAUGAAAACUUUGAGCUGGAAAAGAACCUGCGGAAGAAAGCAGAGUCAUUUGCUCAAGAGAUGUUUAUUGAACAAAACAAGAUGAAAAGGCAGAGUCAGUUGCUUCUGCAAAAUUCUGCUCCUGAUCAACAGCUUUUGAAGGCUUUGGAUGACAAUGCUAAGCUAACCCACACAUUAGAAGAAGAGAGGCUUCAACACCAGCAAAAGAUUAAAGAAUUGGAAGAGCAGCUAGAGAGUCAGUCACUGCAUAAGGAGAUUAGUCGCCUUAAACAGCAACUAGAGCUUUUGGAAGAAGAUAAGAAAGAACUGGAGCUGAAGUGUCAGCAUGCAGAAGAAAAAGCUAGAGACCUAAAGCAUUCGGUUGAUGAACUUCAGAAGCGAAUCCAGCAGUCUGAAAACCCUGCCCCGCCGCCUCCACCGCCUCCGCCGCCGCCUCUCCCUCCUCCUCCUCCUCCCAACCCCAUCCGGUCUCUCAUGUCAAUGAUUCGCAAGAGAUCUCACUCCAACACCAACGUGAGCAAGAAGGAGAAACCUCCUCAGCAGGAGUCAGCAGGUGAAGAAGUUACGGAUCUGAAGAGACAAGCUGUGGAAGAGAUGAUGGACAGGAUUAAAAAGGGAGUUCACCUGAGACCAGUCAACCAGUCAAGCAGGCCUAAAACAAAGCCAGAAACACCAAAGCCUUCUGAAAGUGCAAUGAAAGAACUAAAAGGGAUUCUGGAAACACUGAAUAAAUCCACCAGUUCCCGAAGCUUGAAGUCCCUUGAAACAGACAGUGGUGAAACAGAGCUGGAACGAGUCCUGCGGCGCCGGAAAGUGACCACUGACCAGGACAGUGGCAGUCCCACUGGAAUCUUGGCCACAUCAGAAUCAAAGUCUCUGCCUGUGCUGGGUUCAGGAGCCAGUGCCCCACAGGCAGUGUUGAACAAGAAAGACGUGGAGACAGAAUUCACUUCCAAAGUACCCAACUCAGGUCCUGUCCCCAGCCAGCCUAAGGGUGCUACAGGCUCCAAGCCUACUUUACAAUCAACUAGUCACACGGAAUUGACAAGAAAAGCUUCUAGCAGUGAAAAAGAGACAGAAUCCGUGGUAGUUUUAGAUCCUGUGUCCACCAGUGGGGAUCAAACGUCUGAAAAUGCCCUGAACCAGAACAAAGUGAAAGAGGAAGAAAGCAAGCCACUGCAUAAAGAAACUAACGUUGGGAAAAUAAAAGAAACAGAUAGUUCUAGCUGUUAAUUGUUACUCUGCAAGGCUGUACCUUUUGGGAAUCAUUAUCUGGACAUGUGAAUUGCUUAGGUGUGUUACUACGGGCCACGGUCUGUACCUCCAGAGAGAAAUAAUACAGAUUGAAAUGGUCUUCUGUAUGCAGUUUUUGUUACAUGCACUGAAGUGUUAAAUAACUGUGUGUCACUCAAAAUCCCAUUCCCAAUUUAAUUUUGCAGGUAUGGUUAUUAAUUUCUUAGAUAGCGUCAGUUACCUUUAAAAAUGGAUUUGAAGAGGCUUUUUUAACUCUUCUUUUAUUGAAAAAAUGCCUUGUUAAAGGUCUGUUCCAAAGCUUGCCAGAAGCCCCUUGCAUCCCUCUUGAGCUGGACAGGUUUGGGUUAGAACCUGUAAGUGAUUACACCCUCAUCAGCUUCAGUAUGGGGGGUGUUACUAAUUAUUAAUAAAAAUGUGUUUAGACACAUUGCUCUAAAAACGUUUUGAUAUCUGCUUAAACCAAGAUCUUGUUGGUCCCCUGCCUGCUUUCCCCACACAGGGAGGAAAUGAAAAGCACAAGCACAACCCUUCUGUCUCAGAUUGUCGGGGGACAGAGACUGAAAUGCAGAGGCAGUGCAGCAUCUCAUUGUGGCACCGAGAUUUCUGGCAGUGAUAGCCAGCAUCAGGGCUUUGUGGGCUGGGACAGGUGCUCUCAUUUGGGUUCAAAGCUUUGCAAAGGAGGACUUGCUCCUGGGUUUUGUUUCAGUGUUACACAGCAGCUUUUGGAACUGCUGCAGCUGGAGCCUGUUGUUACUG